AUGUUGCGUUUAGGAUUGCGUUCUGUGGCUCAUUCUUCCAGGUUAGCUGUGAGAAUCCCUGUUGGUGGUGCACUAUUGCGCACCCAAGCUCCAAGAGCCCUUGUUGGUCGUCGCAUUCAGUUGUAUUCUCAAAAGUCAGGUUCCGGUUCCAGUUCUGGUUCCAGCACCAACAAUGGAAAGGGUAGAGGUAAGUUGCUUCUUGUUUUAGGUUUAUUGGCAUUGGGUUCCAGUAUAUUCUCUUUGAGCUAUCAAAAGAACCCACCAGUGGCUUUUGAGGAAGCUCCUGUCGAAGAGAAACAGCCAGCCAAGAAACAACCCGCGUUUUCUCAAGACGACGUUAUGGUUAUAUUCGUUCUUGGAGGUCCUGGUGCAGGUAAAGGAACACAAUGUGCAAAGUUAGUGAAGGACUUCGGUUUUGUGCACUUGUCUGCUGGAGACUUGCUACGUGCUGAGCAAAACCGUGAAGGUUCUCAAUACGGUGAGUUGAUCAAGAAGUGCAUCAAAGAGGGUGAAAUUGUUCCACAAGAAGUUACAGUGGCAUUGUUGAAGAACGCUAUCACUUCCAAUUACAAUGAUGGAAACAAGAAGUUCUUGGUUGAUGGGUUCCCAAGAAAGAUGGAUCAAGCCAUUACUUUCGAAGAAGAAAUCGUUCCAAGUUCAAUGACCUUGUUCUUCGACUGUCCAGAGAAAGUCAUGUUGGAAAGACUCUUACAAAGAGGUAAGACUAGUGGCAGAAUUGACGACAACAUCGAGUCCAUCAAGAAGAGAUUCAAGACAUUUGUCGAAACUAGUGUGCCAGUUGUCGAGUACUUUGAAAAGCAAGGUAAAGUUGUCAAGGUUAGCUGUGACCAACCAGUUGACGAAGUCUACAAACACGUGACUGAAUCUAUCAAGGAUAAGAUUCCUAAAUGA